AUCUUUGCCGUGAUUGACCAUGCAUCGAAAAUUGAUUCAAUGGAUGUUAGCGGAAAAGUGAUAGACUCGGCGCAGGUCAGAGGGAAUAUUGAAUUCAAAGACAUUUCCUUCAGCUACCCAUCUCGUUCAGAUGUUCAGAUUUUAAACGGACUAAAUUUGAAAAUCGUAGCUGGCCAAACAGUUGCGCUUGUUGGAAACUCGGGUAAUGGUAAGUCCACUUGCUUGCAUUUGCUGUCUCGUUUCUACGAUCCAGACAAAGGUGCUGUGCUCAUCGAUGAGUGUGACAUUCGGGCAUUGAACAUCCACUCAUUACGUUCAACCAUCGCAAUUGUCAGUCAAGAACCGGUGCUUUUUUCCACGACGAUCGGUGAAAAUAUUCGCUAUGGCAAUCCAAGUGCAACAGACCAGCAAGUAAUUGACGCAGCGCAAAUGUCGGGUGCACACGAUUUUAUCGCUCGUUUGCCACAAGGCUACAACACAAUGGUUGGUGAAAGUGGUUCACAAUUUUCGGGCGGACAACGACAGAGAAUAGCGAUUGCCCGUGCGCUCGUUCAAAAUCCAAAAAUAUUGCUAUUGGAUGAGGCUACUAGUGCACUUGACUACCAUUCGGAGAAACAUGUGCAAGAAACAUUGGACAGAGCGAGUGAGGGCCGAACUACAAUUGUUGUCUCGCAUCGAAUGUCGGCGAUUAAGAAUGCUGAUCGCAUUGUAUUCAUUGACAAGGGACAGGUUGUCGAAGACGGAACGCACACCGAUCUGAUUGAAAUGAAAGGACGCUACUACGAAAUGGUAAAAUCAACACACAAUGAACUUGAAGCAUCGAAUGAUGUUGAUAAAGACAAAGAGGAAGUUUUUAGAAAAACAUCUGAAGUUAAAUAUCACAUUGGACAUCAUGCAUUCUCGUCUGAGGUGAUCGAAGAAGAACAAGACGAGGAAAAGGAUUCAGUACAAUAUUGGAAGAGUUUCAAGCGAAUUUUGGGACUUCUAAAACCAGAUUGGGUCAUUUUAUCCAUAGCUAUUAUUUCUUCAACGGUACUAGGAUUAUCACUACCAUUUUUCUCAAUCGUUUACUCAGAAUUUUAUGGUACAUUAUCUAUUCCAAAUCGAGAUGAAGCGCUGCAGAAGACUUUACAGAUCAGUUUGACAUUCUUUGGCAUUGGUUGUCUCAUGUUUACAAUGGCAGUCUCUCAAACUCUGUUAUUGGCCAAAGCAGGAGCCAGACUAACGCAGCGUGUUCGAUUGAUGACCUUUGCCGCUAUGCUUCGCCAAGAGCCGGGUUGGUUUGAUGAAGAAAAUCAUUCAGUUGGGGUUCUCGGUUCAUUCUUAAGUGGAGAUGCCGCAAAUGUGCAAACUGCUGUUGGUUUUCCAUUAAGCGUAAUUCUUCAGUCGGCUUCAACGGUUGUGUUUGGAAUAAUCAUUGCUUUCUCUACUUCUGUCAAACUGUCGAUUCUCUGUAUGAUUCCAUUCUUUCUUAUGCUGAUUGUUGUUCUAUUGGAAUCGAAGAAUAUAUCAAGUUUAGAAUUGGUAGAGAAAGAUGCAAUUGCAGUUGGAAUGAAAAUAGCCACCGAAGCCAUCACAAACAUUAGAACCGUUGCCAGUUUAAGACAAGAGAAAUCGACCAUUCUGCGGUUUACUUUUGAAAUGGAAAAUGUUCAGAAAAUUGCACGAAAGAAAAUCAUGUGGCGUGGAUUAUUGAAUGCAAUUACACAGUCUAUUCCAGGUCUAGCAUAUGGUUUUGCUCUCGCUUAUGGUGGUUACUUGGUGUCUGUAAAGGAAAUACAUUACAAAAAUGUUAUAAGAGUGGCUGAAGCAUUACUUUACGGUAUGAUUAUUAUGAGUCAAACAUUAGUGUUUGCUCCCACAAUUACAUCAGCCUUCACAGCAGCGCAUCGUCUAUUCAAAAUAAUCGAUCGUAGACCAUUGAUCGAACCGCCGCAUAUUUCGAAUAAAAGUAGAAAAGCAGACAAAUGCAAUGACAUCAAGUUCGAGCGCAUUGAUUUCGGAUAUCCAACGCGGCCAGAUGUUCAAAUUCUGAACGGGUUCAACCUUAGCAUUGUAGAAGGAAAGACAGUGGCCUUAGUUGGGCCAUCAGGUUGCGGCAAGUCAACGUGCAUCCAACUAUUACAGAGACUGUACGAUCCCGAACAGGGACGCAUUCACAUCGGACUCGACGAAAUAUCUAGCGACAUUACGUUGAAAGAUUUACGAUCGAAACUGAGUAUCGUGUCUCAGGAGCCAACUCUAUUUGACAGAACGAUCGCUGAAAAUAUAGCGUACGGAGACAAUCAUCGGAAAGUUACGAUGGACGAAAUUAUUGAUGCUGCCCAAAUUGCGAACGCGCACAACUUUAUCACACAGUUGCCUCAGGGAUAUGACACAAAUGUUGGUAGCAGAGCAACCCAAUUGAGUGGGGGACAAAAGCAAAGAAUCGCUAUUGCUCGGGCACUCAUUCGAAAUCCGAAGAUUUUGCUACUCGAUGAAGCCACGAGUGCAUUGGAUCUGCACAGUGAGAAGGUUGUUCAAAUUGCAUUAGAUUCUGCCCGAUCAGGACGAACGUGCAUAACCAUUGCUCAUCGCUUGAGCACCAUUCAGAAUGCAGACAUCAUUUGUGUCGUUCAAAACGGAAGAAUCGUUGAGUCGGGCUCGCACGCUGAAUUACUUGCGUUAAAUGGAAAAUACACUCGUUUGUACAAUGCUCAAAAGUGAUUUAAAAGCUGUGCUACUUAUAACAUACGAAUAAAGUGUGCAUAAUAUAGAAUUGAUAGCUAAACGAACUCUUUAGUAAUUUUGAUUGAAAUUUGAAGUUCGUUGUUUGAUUACUCAGUAUUGUAGUUAAUAUGCAUAUUUUAUAUG